AUGCCUCAAUACGGUCCCGUGGGCACGCUGACACCGCUGGAGAGCUCGGCGACGACGACGUCCAAACCGCGCAAGGUGGCCUACUUCUACGACAGCGAUGUGGGCAACUACGCCUACAACGCCGGCCAUCCCAUGAAGCCUCACCGUAUACGUAUGGCCCACUCGCUCAUCAUGAACUACGGCCUCUACAAGAAGCUCGAGAUCUACCGCGCGAAGCCGGCCUCCAAGUUCGAGAUGACCCAGUUCCACACCGACGAGUACGUGGAUUUCCUGCAGCGCGUCACUCCCGACAACAUGGACGCGUUCGCGAAAGAGCAAGGGCGGUAUAACGUCGGCGACGACUGUCCUGUUUUCGACGGCUUGUUCGAGUUCUGCGGCAUCAGUGCUGGUGGAAGCAUGGAGGGCGCUGCCAGGCUGAACAGGGGCAAAUGCGACGUUGCGGUAAACUGGGCCGGUGGGCUGCAUCAUGCAAAGAAGAGCGAGGCCAGCGGCUUCUGUUACAUCAAUGACAUCGUCCUGGGCAUCAUCGAGCUCCUCCGAUUCCACCAGCGCGUCCUCUACAUCGACAUCGACGUUCACCACGGCGACGGAGUCGAAGAAGCCUUCUAUUCGACCGACCGCGUCAUGACCGUCUCCUUUCACAAGUACGGCGAGUAUUUUCCCGGCACUGGUGAGCUGCGGGAUAUCGGCGUGAGCAAUGGCAAAUACUAUUCGGUCAACUUCCCACUCCGAGACGGCAUCGAUGACAAGAGCUACAAGGACAUCUUCGAGCCGACAAUCGGCUGGGUCAUGGAGUACUACCAGCCGAGCGCAGUGGUGCUGCAGUGCGGCGGAGACUCGCUCAGCGGAGAUCGCCUUGGUGCGUUCAACCUCAGCAUGCGUGGACAUGCGAACUGCGUCAACUUUGUCAAGAGCUUCAACCUGCCAACGCUGGUGCUCGGUGGAGGUGGCUAUACGAUGCGCAACGUUGCACGCACGUGGGCGUACGAGACGGGUCUGCUGGUCGGCGUCGAGAUGGGCAACGAGCUACCCUUCACCGACUACUACGAAUACUAUGCGCCCGACUUCGAGCUCGACGUGCGACCCAGCAACAUGGACAAUGCGAACUCGCGCGAAUACCUCGAGAAGAUCAAGCAGCAAGUCCUUGACAACCUGAAGCGCACAACUUCGGCCGCUCCCUCAGUGCAGAUGCAGGAUGUUCCUCGAACUGCUGUCGGCAUGGACGAGACUUUCGACGAGGAAGAAGCACGUUUGGAUGAUGAGGAUGCCGAUCACGAGGCGAACAAGGACCGGAGGUAUACGCAGCGACUGUGGGACAAGCGGGUCGAGCGCGAUGAUGAGCUGUCGGAAUCUGAAGACGAGGAGAUGGGCGCAUCGGUCGGCGUCAAAAAGCAGCCUGGCAGGCCACGGAGACGAGGCAUCAUGGACUGGAAGAACCCGCAUGCGCCAGCAGACGAGUCGGGGCUGAAUACGCCAGCGGAUGAUGAUGCGAGGAGCUUAAACGGCGAUGCCGAGGAUGAGGCUGAGGCGGAUGAGAUCAAUCUGGACGGCGCAAGCGAGGCCAAGGCGUCGAACGGCGCACCACGGGCGAGCAGCAGAGAAGCAGAAGUCGCCGCCACAAUGGCAGGACUGCAGAAUACUGCUUCGCCUGCUGCAGCAGCAGCGGCUGCUGCGAAGCUGGAAGAGGUGAGCAAUCGAAGCGAUGCUGGUGAUGAUAUGGAGGUGGAUCCAAAGGAAGAAGACAUUGAGGAUGAGAAUGCGGCACCUCAUCCAUCCGCAAGCGCAGCGGACCCCGACAAUCUCGCUGUGCCCGCUUCAGCCACUACCGGAGGCAGGUCGCCGACCCCCGUCGCAAGCGCACCACGAUCUCCCGGUCUUGCGCCCGCGACCGCGAACGACGGUGGUGCCGAAGUCGCUACAUCGUACACCACCGCAGCGCCGGCCGGCGACGUCGACAUGGCCGAAGACGUCGAAGCGGCGAAGGAGGCUGGUGAGCGCGAGCGGGAACUUCAGGAUGCCGAAGCCGAGGCUGCGACGGAGAUGGCAGGUGGAGGGCACAACUUCGGAGGCGGUAGUGCUGUGUAG